AUGGCACAGUUGAGAUUAUACCCCUGGAGACCACAGAGAACCCUUGAGAGAACAGGCUGUGCUCUUAUUUGUGGAUAUUGCUGCCGUCCCACAGAUCAUCUUGAGGUAACAAACUGCUCGGAGGACAGACACAGUCCACCUAUCAGAGUCACGGAUGGAGAUUUAAGCAGAAAAUCACCUUGUCAUGACCUGGAGCAUCUGAGACCAGUUGAGCACACAGAAAACCUGUUAGAUGCCCUCGGACAGGUUCCAGACAGACGUUGUGUGACGGCACCAUGUGGCGAUCGUUCACGGUCCUACAUACAUCUGAAGUCCACAACCAACAUGGGUUACUCAAAACGAAUCAUGCAAAAUCCUCAUAUUACAGAGGAUCAGACGGAGGAGCCAAUUAAAUCCAGUCCAGAGUUCUGCCUCCUCUCAUCUGUCUCAGAGGAACUGCAGGAUUUGGAACCACAAAUAUUCCAGAUCAUGGAGGAGGAAGUGACAUCACUCGAUCCGUCCCGAUCAGGAAUCAUCCAUCAGUCAGAACUCACGGGUCUCUUCCUCAGACUGAAGCUCCCUCUGAAGCUCACCACACUGGCCUGCAUGUUCAGAUGCUUCAGUAACACCACCGACCCGGAGCAGGUGCACUAUCAAUACUUGCUGCAGUUCAUACAGAAAGCUGUACAAGACGUGAAAGAGCAAAGUGUUGAGGCAGAGAUCUGGGAUGCGUCAGUGGUCAGUACUGACCUGGAAUCAGUGAGCGACAGGAGCGAUAUAAAUGCAGAACAAAGAGAGACAUGGCUUCAGAGGUUCCAGAAGAUGGAGAUGGCCUUACAAAUGUGUGACACCAAAAACACAGGUUAUGUGGAUAGAGAGCAAGCCAAACGCCUGAUACAGAACUACAGCCUCAUCUUUGAUCUGAAUAUGAGUCCCCUGAAGGUCAGCGAGGUCACGUGUAACACUCAGCGAGAGGGCAAAGUUCACCUCACCUCGACUCUGCGGCAGCUGAAGGAACUAUACACCUCUUUACCUUUCACUUAA